AUGGAACUUCAUGGAGUCUCUUCUGGUGACCUUGAUGUUAAAUCUCCGGCUGAAAAGUUCUUUAGAUCUCUCAUCGACGACAUAAACGUCCCUUUUGACAACAUUGAGGAUAAGAUGGAGAUGAAUUUGGAGGAUAGAACAUUGACGAUGAGAAUGAGUGGCUGUCUUAUCUCGGAAAUUUACAAGACGGUCAAAGCAACCAUCACGGUCAGUCCUAAGGAAGAUGGGGACGGUAGCCGCGUGGCCUGGAAGGUUGAGUUCGAGAAGAUUGGUUAUGACAUGGAAGAUCCACACUUGAUCAUCGACACUCUUGUCGACGUUCUUGUCAAUUACUUAAAGGAGACCGAUGGGAAUCUUCUUCUAUAA